CUCAAACAGGGAGAUGUUGAAUGGAAACGUGUUUCUUCCUUCAGUUCCUUAUGAUUCCGGACUGUGGCAGAGCUUUCGCGUGAGCUGCCUGCUGACUCGCGUCACAACAUAACUUUUUUCCUGUCUGUGCUUAUCCUCCACCGGGGCGAGAAGCCCGUCCCACCUGGUGAGAAAUAUCGUGUAGUGCACAUUCUGGUAGUUCUCGGUUUUUCUUCGCGUCCGCCCUGUUUAUUGAACCUAAGAAAGAUAUCGACCGUGAGAGCGAUAGCGGCAAGCACCACACGGGUUGGCAGUCGUAGAACCCUUCCCUUUGUUGGCAUGCACGUGCACGCUUGUUCAGGAUAUUUGGGGUUUUCAACUUUUUUCACGGUUCCCUGUGUUCCGUUUCCCAUAUUUCCAGGACUUUCACACUUGACAAUUAUUCUGAACUCGGGGAAGAUGAACGCGGCACAUUUGCGAGCGAUCUUCGGGAACUGGUGCACCCGGGGCACCGACCACAUAGUGGUCGAUAUGUAUGCGAAGAAGUUUUACAAAGCUUACUUCGCGGACCCCGUCCAGUACAACUACCUUUUCGUCUCUUUCUUUGCUGUGGGAUGCGCGGCUACAAUGUGCCUGCGACACCUGAUGCUCAAUCCCGACAUCUGUGUCCGCCGAGGAGAUGCCCGCAGACAUUUCAUCGAUAGGUGGCAGCAUCACCUUUACUCGCUUCCGUACUACAACCACUAUCUCAGAAAUUUCGCUCUUCGAUUCCAGAAUUCAAUCGUGGACAACGAACCAGAUUACCUAGGGAGUCAUCCGUGGGGUGUGCGCCCGAAGCGGGGUCUCAACUAUGGCCGCCUACCUUUCACUUUCAUGAACCCGUACCGGUACUUCGUGGAUGACCCUCAGUACGUGAACACACUCCACGACAGCAUGGAGAAGCAUUACGAGGCCCUAGGAUAUUACCCUAACCGCGUCACUAAUGCCGAGGAGGACGAGUGAAGGUGAUCUCAUUGGAGUAGCUUGUGUCAAGACACUUCAGUGCACUGUUGUUGGGUUACUAGAGUGAACGUCGAUUCUUCGAUAGUGUGAAUGGUCUUUCCAUUGCGUGGAGCGCCUUGACGGAUAUGGUGCAAGUCACUGGGCUCGCAAAUGAAUGAACCAACGCUGAAGCGGCGAGCGUGGGCAGCACAUGCUGAGGGGUAGUGAAAUCAGGAUCGAGGACAACAUUUUAGCUUCUGAAAUGCAUACAGCUGUGUUAAGUGAAUGGUUCAAGAAACGAUGCGUACUCAGGCUCGAGCCAGCUAGACACGUCGACAAAGCAAAUCGAAAGACAUUGUUGUAGGACUGCGAGACAAGCUCAAGAAACUCUUCGAUGAGAUGAGGAGCUGAAAAAGGACACAACAGACAUUUCUUGCGUGCUGCUAGAGGAGUGUACCUGCGUGCCCACCACUUUCGUUCCUCACUGUUGGGCACGUGGCGGUUUGUUCCGUAAAGGUGAUGAGACCGGUCGACGGUAUAAACGCCGGUUCCCUUGUACUGAAUGAAUGCGUGCGCUCUGCGACAAAUACAUCCAUUCAUCCCUUUGAUAUUUCGAUGCGAUACCACUAUGGCCUCUUUUGCGCAGCGUGCACCGACACACCUUAGCCCUGAGUGAAAACAAACCUCUCAGGGGAGGGGCAAAAGGAUUCUGCCUAAAUAUGUGUUUCGCGUCUCACGCAUUACCCCACCGUCAGCUAAAAUUUUGGGACUGUAUUCGUGUGCUUUCGAUGCCACAGCUAAUGGCGCAUCAGAACAAUCCACUCUUCUACAAAAUCUUCAGAGUUAUGUUUGAUUGACAGGCAAUGCGUUCUCACAGCU